CGUAGCUGUCUACGACGAUAAAUACCCUACUGGCUCUACUCUGCUCUGCCCUCCUUUGCUCCUUCCUUUGACCUGUGCCCCUUCUUACAACACACUAAUGUUAACAUAAUACUAACACCGACGACCCUGGAAGAAGAUCCUGGAAGACCCUGAUUCCACGCUGUCACCACCGCCACCACCGCCAGCCUAGUCGAAACCAAGGACAAGGAAGGGACAAGCAAGCACAAGCACCUUUUCUCCUUCCUCUCUACUUGACUCCUCCUCUUCAACUUCCUCACAAUUCUACAGACACAGGUAUCCAUACAGAAGACAGGUUCGGGCUCGGAAAAUUCACUCAGUUCCUCACAGCCGCUCUCCCCCACUCUCCAACACACCGACGCCCCCAAUACUCUUGACACUGUUCUCGAGGCGCCGUGCAGCAUAUCAAGAUGGAUAGACUCUACCAAAUCAACCCCUUCGCCAAGCGCGAGACCCAUGAGGCCCAGACGAUUUUCUGGUAUAAGAUCUUUACCACCUUGUCAUGGCUCCUCGCCGUCGUCUCCAGCGUCUACUACACCUUCCACGCGCCGCACGAUGAUGUUACCAAGCAGCGAACGAUCUGGGGCCAGAACAGACACCACGCCACCGCCUUUGCCCUCAACUCGUCCAUUGCAUCCAUCUACUGGAUCGUGCUCUUCGUCCUUCAAGGUGGUUACAUCUGGCACCUGUUCUCCCCCAACGCCGACCAUGUCCAGGCCGCAGCCGCAGUGGGCAGCCACUUCAUUUUCAACAACCUCCUCCACUUCGCCUUCGUCAUGCUCUUCGUUCGAUCCCACUUCGUCUGGGCUGAGCUGAUCCUCAUCAUCAACUUCUUCAACCUAUCGUCGCUCUACUUCCGCCACCCUACCUCGCCUCGCUUUGUCCACCUCCCAGCCGUCUCAGGACCCCUGGCUUGGGCAUUCGUUGCUUUGUACUGGAACGGAGCUAUUGCUUUCAACGCGGAGGGUCUGAUCGGACGCAUCCUUGCCAACGUCGCUAUCUGGGGUAUCCUUGUCUACGGACUCUUCUUCCUCGUCGCCUUCAAGGACUACACCAUGGGCUUCUCCCUCAGUGUCCUCAGCGCCUCCCUCGGUGUCGGCCAAUUCCUCCGCCAAGCCAUCGCCUUCCAGUGGAUCUUCGCCUUCACCAUCAUGGCCACCCUCUUCGUCGCCACCUUCGUCGUCACCUUCCCCAAGAUCUUCGGCGGCCGCUUCACCAGAGGCGAGGCUGUCGUUGCCGAGGACCAGGAGAGAGCUCCUCUCUUGGAGGACAACUAAACGACUCUGUCUGGAGGACGGAUAAUCCCCGUGUGUCAAUGCCACAAGGCUGCGGAGAGGAUUUAUGGAUUUGUGGUCUAUAUGGUCAGUUACGAGUGCUACGCUUUUGAUGUUUUAUUGUUGGGAUUAGAUCACAUACGCGCUCAUUUUUUGGAUGAACUUAAUAUUCCGCUCUUGCGAUGGAUGGAUGGAUGGAUGACUGCUCGUUCUUAGUUUCCGUUGGAUUUUAGUUUGGAAUUUGUCUAGGAGUUUUUUAAGGACGUCGUAAGGAUUUAUUCGAGCAGAUUGACCCAGAAUACAAAUUGAGCAAUAUGGAACUUACGUAUCUUUAAUCUCUGUUCUAGCUUAAUUUAAAUAAAUAUAAAUAUGUUUUGUCUCGUUUUA